AUGAACCCCUCGGCAGCAAGAGCUUGCCGCUUCGCCUCAAGGCAAGCCCGCCUCUCCCAAAACAUCACCCGCUCCAAACCACCAACCCCCCUCACCUGCACACCAACCACCACCCGCCUCCUCCACACCUCACCACCCCUCCUCACAAAAGUAAAACCCCAAAACCCGGACCCCACCCAAAACAAAACCUCCCCACGCGUCUCCCCCUCCGAAAACAUCGGCCGCCAACGCUUCUCAGACUUCGACCUCGGCGGCAAAGUCUACAUCGUCACCGGCGGCGCCCAAGGCCUAGGCCUCACCCUCGCCGAGGCCCUCGUCGAAGCAGGCGGGAAAGUGUACUGCCUGGACCGACACCCCUCCCCCUCUGACCCAGAGCAAUGGGAGCAAGCCAACUCCCGCGUCGUCCCCUCCUGGGGCGGCUCCCUCCACUACUGCCAGCAAGAUGUCGCCGAUAUUGACUCCCUCAACUCCCUCAUUGCGAAGAUUGCGGAUGAUAAUCAGCGGUUGGACGGGGUGGUGGCUGCUGCGGGGAUUCAGCAGAUCACCCCGGCGAUGGAGUACACCCCCGAGGACGUCGCCAAGAUGCUAGAGGUGAAUUACACUGGUGUGUUCAUGACUGCUUCCGCAGCAGCGAGGCAGAUGUUCAAGCACAAGACAAAGGGGGCGAGUAUUUGUCUUAUUGCCAGUAUGAGCGGGCUGAUUGCCAACAAAGGCUUGCUCAGCCCGGUGUAUAAUUCCAGCAAAGCCGGUGUGAUUCAGUUGGCGAGGAACCUGGCCAUGGAAUGGAGCCCUACGAGGCCGGAUGGCAGUGGGGGGAUCAGAGUGAAUUGUAUUUCUCCUGGCCAUAUCCUUACGCCGAUGGUGCUCAAGAACUUUGAGGAGGUGCCCGGGCUGAGGGAGAAGUGGGAGGCGGAGAACAUGAUGGGAAGGCUGGCGGAGACGAGCGAGUUCAAGGCUGCGGUGCUGUUUUUGAUGGGUAAGGGGAGCAGUUUCAUGACGGGUGGGAAUCUUGUUAUUGAUGGGGGUCAUACGGCUUGGUAG